AUGCCGCCAAAAACCCCACGUACUCCGAUGAAGAAGUCGGAGGAAGACAUCCGCCAAGAAGAGUUUGAAGGCCUGGUCCACAUCCGAGAACAGAAGGUGGAAAGGAUCACUCGGAUGAAGGAGGCGAUCACCAGUGUGCCCAGAGGUGGGCGCACAGCCGCGACGGUAAGAGGAAACCAGAAGAAGCUGGAGUUGGUGAACAGCGAGUUCGACAGCGUCCAUCAGCGGAUCAUCCUCUUGGCGAAUGCAAGCUCUCGAGGUCAGCAUGAUGCCACGCAGCGGAAGUUCGAAGCCAUCUACGAUGAGCUCAUCAUGACCCUUGAGCAGUGGACCGAUGACCUCACCCCCGCCGUCGCUGCAGGAACGUCUAACGCCCUCGCGCCAGCCGGCGCUCAACCGGUGGUCAUCAACCAGCCGUUGCCGAGAAUCAUCCCUACGUUCGACGGCAAGUAUGAGUCCUGGGACAGGUUCAAGAUCAUGUUCAAGGACGUGGUCGACCGGCCAAACGAACUUCCCAGGAUCAAGCUCUACCACCUGGAGAAGGCAUUGAUUGGAAGCGCUCAGGGUGCGAUCGACGACAAAACAAUCCAGGAUGGGAAUUACGCGCAUGCCUGGGAGAUUUUGGAGGAGCAGUACGGGGACAAGCGGCGGAUGAUCGAUCUGCACAUCGGUGGCAUGCUACGAGUCCAGAAGCUGGUCAAAGAGAGCCACGAGGAGCUGAGGUCACUCGUGCAGAACUUCAACGGACACGUCGAGAACCUCAAGUUCCUUGGCCAGCAGUUCACCGGAGUGUCGGAACAGAUCGCCGUCUACCUCCUGGCACAUGCCCUGGACGACGCCACGUACAAGCUCUGGGAGGCAACGAUCAAGCGAGGAGAACUUCCGAACUACGAGGCGGCGAUCCAGUUCUUGAAGGAUCGUGUCUCCGUUCUGGAACGGUGGGAGAAAACCAACGAAGCGGCACCGAAGCAGCGACAAGCAUCCAAGCCAUACUCCAGCAAGCCAACCCAGAAGGCCAACGCGGCCACAACGUCGCAGCCGGAAUCCCGGUGCGAGAUCUGCGCUGAGCCACACCAAACCUUCAAAUGCGCGACCUUCCUCGGGUACACGGUAGCCCAGCGCAAGGACAAGGCGAGGGAGAAGAACCUGUGCUACAACUGCCUGCGGCCAGGACACUCGACGAAAAGGUGCUCGUCGAAGUACACCUGCGGAAAGUGUCAACGGCGGCACCACACCACGCUGCACGAACCACGAGAGCAGCAAGAAUCUACGACGAAGCCGGCCACUCCCCAGAGUGUGGCCACACCAGCGAAUCAGCCACCAGUGAACCAACCCGCUGGUCCGCCUCAUCCGACGUCCAGCCAAGCAACCUGUAACCACUCCCAGGCGGUCAAGACAGUAAUGCUACUGACCGCGGUCGUCAAUCUGCUCGACGACCAGAGCCAGCCUGUGCCUUGCCGCGUCCUACUCGACAAUGGAUCACAGGUGAAUUUUAUUACGCAAUCGAUGGCAAACCGCUUAAAACUAGAACGAGUGGCCGCAAAUGUUCCCAUCUGCGGCAUCGGAGCUGUCAAGACGUACGCCAAGGAGUCGAUCACGGUCGAGCUCCGCUCUCGGAUCAGCAGCUUCUCCGUCGACGUCGAUUGCCUCAUCGUACCAAAGGUGACCGGAAUGGUGCCAGCUGUACCGGUCGACAUCAACGAGUGGCCGAUUCCCGUCGGCAUCCAGCUGGCCGACCCAGAAUUCAACAAGCCGGACCGCAUCGACAUGCUUCUGGGAGUAACUAUGUUUUUCCGGUUGCUAAAAACGGGACAGAUGGAGUUGGCUGGAAAUCUACCGGAACUGCGCGAGACUCACCUCGGUUGGGUCAUCGCCGGAGAUGUUGGAGACACAGCACCAAGCCCGCAGUACACACACACUGCCACACUCGACGACAUCAACGAAGCGAUCCAGAGAUUCUGGCAGGUCGAGGACAUCGAAAGUGUCACACAAGUUUCCACCGAGCAAGAGGAAUGCGAGGCGUUCUUCGCGUCCACCCACAAGCGGGAUACAACCGGCAGGUACGAGGUACGCUUGCCAUUUCGUCCGGUCGUCGCAAAGCUCGACGACAACCGCAGCCUCGCUCUUCGGCGCUUCCUGUCGCUGGAGCGGCGACUCGCCCGGGACCCUAACUUGAAGCUGCAAUACGGUGAGUUCAUUAGAGAAUAUGAGGAACUGGGGCACUGCAAGUCGGUUGACGAGGCCGACGACUUACCAAACACGAGCCGCUACUACAUGCCCCAUCACGCGAUCCUACGCCCCUCGAGCUCUACGACCAAGUUGCGGGUCGUAUUUGACGCAUCUGCAAAGAUGUCUCCCACGAGCGUGUCCCUGAACGAAGCCCUUCAGGUCGGAGGCACUGUCCAAAGCGAUCUGUUCUCCAUCCUCCUUGCCUUCCGGAAGCACCCCGUCGCCUUCACUGCAGACCUCUCGAAAAUGUACCGCCAGAUUCGAGUGGCCCCGUCUGACACCCGCUUCCAGCGAAUCUUCUGGCGGGCCGAUCCAUCUGAGUUCAUCCGGGUCCUGGAACUCACCACGGUGACUUACGGUACGGCGUCCGCUCCCUUUCUUGCCACGCAAUGUCUGGUCCAGCUCUGCGACGAUGAAGGUGAACAUUUUCCGCUAGCUGCCAAAAUUGUGCGCGAGGCCUGCUACGUCGAUGACAUCCUCUCUGGUGCGAGCUCUCCCGAAGAAGCAAUCGAUUGUCUGACGCAACUGCAAGGCCUGCUCGGUCGCGGUGGAUUUCCCAUCCACAAGUGGACAUCCAAUGAGCCGGUGGUGAUGGAACGCAUCCCUGAGUGUGAUCGCGAGAAGCUGAUCGACCUGGACGGAUUGGUCGGCGGUGUGGUCAAGGCCCUGGGGCUCUACUGGAGUCCAGGAGACGACGAGUUCCGUUUCACUGUUACGCAAGCCGAAGCAGAUGCCACCAAGCGCCGUGUUCUCUCGGAGAUCGGCAAAUUCUACGACAUACUGGGACUCCUGUCGCCAGUAAUCAUCAAGGCCAAGAUCCUGAUGCAGCGAUGUGCACUCCCCGACGUGCGCGACAUCCGUAUCCCUCGGUACGUGAUCGGGCCUGGCAACCCGGGCCUAGAGCUUCACGGAUUCAGCGACGCCUCCAAGGUCGCCUACGGUGCGGUGACCUACGUUCGCAGUCUGCUCCCGAACGGCAAGUGCAAGAUGAGGCUGCUCUGCAGCAAAUCGAAGGUGGCGCCAACCAAGCCACUGGACAUCCACCGACUGGAACUGCUUGCCCUCCGACUACUCUCGAAACUGGUGGUGAAGGUCAUCGCGGCGCUGAACCUACCCUUCCGACACGUGGUGCUGUGGUGCGACAGCCAAGUUGUGCUUGCGUGGCUCAAGAAACCGCUGGACCUACUUCAAACGUUCGUGCGCAACCGCGUCGCGGAGAUCCGGAGAGAGACCGGCGGCUUCAUCUUCAAGUACAUUCGUUCCAAGGACAACCCGGCCGAUCUGAUCUCGCGCGGCAUGUUUCCUGCCGCCCUGAUGAAUUGCAAUAAGUGGUGGGAAGGUCCAGAGUUUUUGGAGUCCGUCGAGUACGAGGAAGAGCCUGCAAUCGAGAUACCGGACAGUGAGUUGCCUGAGAUGCGUAAGGUGAAGUUGGUUACCCUGCUGGCCUGCAACACGAUCGAGUUUCCGAUCUUCGAGAACUGCAGCUCAUUCCGGAAGCUGCAACGGAUAAUGGCGUACGUGCUGCGUUUCGUGACCAACUGCAAGAUCAAGAACUCCUCGGAACGAACCCGUCUACGUCAUCUCACCGUUCCUGAGCUGCGGUCGUCCCUUAAGCUAAUCGUGAAGGUGGUGCAGCACGACGUGCUGUCUCAAGAGAUCCAGCAAGUGGCUGAGAACGACACGGCCGGGCGUCUCCAAGGUUUGACGCCGUUCCUACACGAAGGCCUCCUACGAGUGGGAGGAAGACUGCAGCACUCCGAGCUGCCGUUCGCAGCCAAGCACCAGCUGAUCCUGCCCAAGCACCGAGUUACCAACCUGAUUGUCAAGGCCUUCCACGAAGAGCACCUGCACGCGGGGCCGUCGUCCCUGCUCGCGAUCCUGCGCAGACAGUUCUGGCUGCUCGACGGACGGUCGACAGUUCGGAGCGAGACGAGAAGCUGCGUGACGUGCUUCCGCGCGAAGCCACGCAGUACGAGCCAGCUGAUGGGAAGACUGCCGUCCUGCCGAGUGACGGAGAACCUUCCGUUCGACGAGGUCGGCGUGGACUACGCCGGUCCAAUUCUUGUGAAGAUAGGAACCCGGAAGCCGCAGAUCGUCAAGGCAUACUUUGCCGUCUUCGUGUGCAUGGCAACCAAGGCGAUCCACCUCGAGCUGGUCUCGGACCUCACGACCGAGGCAUUCCUGGCCGCCCUCCAGCGCUUCGUCAGCAGACGCGGCGUGCCGCGUCGGAUCCAUUCCGAUAACGGCACAAACUUCAAGGGGGCCAAGACUGAACUGCACGAGCUGUACGUUCUUUUCAACGAGCGCGAAUUCAACGACCGGGUCCAGACGUACUGCCAGCCCAAGGAGAUAACCUGGUCGUUCAUCCCACCCGGCGCGCCGAACUUCGGUGGCCUUUGGGAGGCCGCUGUAAAGAGCACGAAGUAUCACCUGAAGCGGAUCCUCAAACACGCCAAGCUUACCUUCGAGGAGUACGCCACCGUGCUCGCGGAGGUCGAGGCCGUGCUCAACUCCAGACCGCUCUUUGCUACAUCCACUGACCCAGCAGAUCCAGAAGUUCUGACGCCGGGACACUUCUUGAUUGGCCGCCCUCUCACGGCCAUUCCGGAACCGGCGUACGAGGGAAUACCGACGAACCGGCUGUCCAAGUGGCAGCACCUGCAGCUCUUGCGCGAACACUUUUGGAGAGCCUGGAGACGGGACUACUUGACGACCCUCCAGCCAAGAGGAAAGAACCGGAAGGAGAAGCCAAACGUCCGUCCGGGAAUGGUGAUCCUGCUGGAGGAGAAAGACGCGCCACCGUUGGAUUGGAGGUUGGGAAUCGUGACGCAGACCUACCCUGGACCGGACGGUUUCGUGCGAACUGCGGAUGUGAAGGUCGGUGGAACCGUCAUCCGGCGACCGAUCUCAAAGCUAUCCGUGUUACCAAUCCUGGACAACGAGCCGGAAAAAUCUGCUGAGUCUUCGUCCCAGCCCGGGGGGAGGAUGUUGGCGGCUUGACUGGCUGCGUUAAUUUGACAACCCUGCUCGCCUGCCGCAACCAGCUUGCUGCGAUCGAGCGCAACCCUACGAAACGUUUCUCGCGCGCAACGGCGCGACGUUGCCGCAACGCUGAACGAACGACGAGACACG